AUGGUUACAUGUCAGGGCGAUGAACACACAAGGACCAAAAAGACGCCAUACGAACUUGUGUUUGGACAAGAAUCUCGUUCUGGUUUUGUUUUGAUGAAAGAGUUAUACGACCAAGGCAUAAGGGACGAGGAAGAUAUACCAGACAAUGUGCAAACUGAUGAGAACGUAAGGGAAGAGUUAGGAGAAAGUGUUAUGUUGAGUGAUGACAAUAGUGACAGCAGUGCACGUGAAAUUAUCGUACCAGAAUCUGAAAGCGCUCCAACACCUCGAUGUCACGUCUAA